CCCGUGGGCGGGGCCUGAGGAGCUGUGCAGGACGCCCAAAUCCUGAGUGUGGAGACGUGGAGACAUGGCUGCCCCCAGCGACGCCGAGAUCUGGAAGAACGUGCAGACUUACUACGGGCAGGUGUUGAAGAAAUCGACGGACCUCCAGACCAAUGCCUGUGUCACUGCAGCCAGGCCGACUCCCAGGCACAUCCGGGAAGCCCUGCAGAAUGUCCACGAGGAGGUGACCUCCAGCCCGGGGCCAGGGCCUGAAUUUUUCAGAUGCUCCGUUAAUAAUGAAUCUUCUUCAUUCAACAAGUAUUUUAAAUGGCUCAUUAAGUCUUUGUACCUGUCAUGUUGCCCGACUACAGUGGUAGAAGUGGCCCAAAAGUACAUUGACUAUCACAUGGAAAAGUAUGGCUUCCAGACACCCAAUGUGACUUUUGUUCAUGGCUACCUAGAGAAACUGGGAGAAGCUGGAAUCAAGAAUGAGAGUUAUGAUAUUGUUAUAUCAAAUUGUGUUAUUAACCUUGUUCCUGACAAACAACAAGUGCUGCAGGAGGUGUAUCGAGUGCUAAAGCAUGGAGGAGAGCUAUAUUUCAGUGACGUCUAUGCUAGCCUUGACUUGCCCGAAGAAAUCAGGACACACAAAACUUUAUGGGUAGUCAUUGCUGUAGUAGCAAAUUUGGGGGAGAGUAAUCUCAAUGUCAAGAUCAAAACCCUCCCAACUGGACCAGAAGGCGACAUUGUUGAAGUAGAUGAAGAAACAGCGGCUAUUUUGAAGAAUUCACGAUUUGCCCAUGGUUUCCUGAUCAGCCCCACUGGAGAGCGGUCUCCAUCACCCGGAAGUUGUGCUUUCAAAUCAAAGGCCGUCAUCACAGAUCCAUUCAAGCUUGCUGAAGAGUCCUACACUACCAAGUCCCCAUGUGCCCCUGGUGAUGCUGGAAGCUGCUGUGGCACUAGAGGCUGCUAAGUCUACAACUGCCUGGAUAACAAAACGAGCAGUGUGGCUGGAGGCUGGAGAAUGAGUUGCAUAUGCUCUUUAAAAAAAAUCAUUUUAUUGGGGCUUCUUAUAGCUCUUAUAACAAUCCACACAUCAAUUGUA